AUGCAAUCGCAUCACGAGAACAGGGAGGAUUCCUUGCUACUUGUUAGCAGAAUGCAGGCAUUGGUGAGAGGGACUCUGAUUAGGAGAUCAUUAAAGAAUUUGAGAGCGGAGUUUGAAGAAAUCAACUAUGAACUUCAAGGAGGAGUUUCCAAUCAUGCACUCACCCAUUGGCCAGCAAAGACACCAUGUAGACCAGCAUUCAGCUUAUCAAAUGAGGGUAUUGAUGUACUCCAGAGACUAGCCAAAAAGGAUUGGCGUAAACCACACCCUUCACCGCAUCCAGUGAGGAUAGAAGGUGAGCCAGCAUCUCGCCAAGAGUCUGGUGACUUUGAGCUCUCACAGCAAUCUGAGCAUCCAUUGAGUCCAGAGGGUGAGCCAGCAUCUUCCCAAGAUUGUGUUGUCAGUGUUGAGUCAAUAGAACCCUCACAGCAAUCUGAGAAAUCAAGUAGUAUAGAGGGUUAUGAUAUAUCUCAGCAAUAUUCAUCCGACUUUCAGUCAAGAUCUUCUUUAUCAUCAUCAGAGAAGUCUUUCCAACCUAACUCAGGAGAUUCCUCACUACCAUCAGAUUCAAAUGUAGAGGGCAGGAACCCAAGUGCACACAGUCUCUCAGAGAGUUCAACUGUUGAUAAUCAAGGUGCAAAUGAAUUAUUCCUUCCAGCGUCAGUCAUCAAUGAAACAGCAGAAAAUGGAGAACAAUUGGUAAUGGGACAAAAAUGGAUUAAGGAAGAACAACCUAAACAAAUUGUUGUUUCUAAAUCUCUCUCACCUGAAAGGUAUGAUACAGACCGCGAGGUGAAUAGGGAAGAAAAAUCUUCUUACUCUGUAAGUCAUGAAACAGAGACUAUCAAAGUACAAACUCUUGAUGGAAGAGGGGAUGGUGAGAAGAAUGAGGGAAGUGAGGAUAAGCAAUGCAAUAACACUCGAAGUAACAACAGUGAGAAGAUAAUGCAGAGACAGAGUUUGAAUGAAACUGACUUGACCCUUGUGUCUUCACUGGAGGAAUCAUCUAUUACAUUAUAUUCACCAGACCAAGAGGCAGUAUCGAUAGAUGCCUGUCACCAGAGUGAGCAAUCGAAUCAUGAGGAUGCUGAGACUUCAUCAAAAGGCCAGAGGCUUCCAGCUGGACAAGAUGUUCUUGAUCAGUCAUCGAAUGCAACAUCUGGUACAGAUUCAUCGUCAUUACCCCCCAUCUCCAGCCAGUCUUGUAAAGGACCAGCUUUGCAAUCACCAAGCAUGAGCAAUGGUCCACCCAGUGUAGGAGACUUGCCCCUUCCCCAUUCCCAUCAUCAGCAGACAAACCUGGGCCCAAAUGAAGCCAAGGGAUCUAAAACUGUGACUUCUGAGCGAUCACUUGAACAAUCACUAGGCGCUAUGGGAGUUGAUCCUCAUGACAGCAGACAGGUCUUAGUGCACAAUAGCAAUCAUGUGAGUGACUUUGAUGCAUCUGGAGCUGCUGAUAUGACUUCCAUUUGGAGUACAGAUUUGUCAGAUAGUGAUGAUGAAGUUCCAAAGAGAGAAGAUGAAGGAAAGCUGAGGGAGAUGAGAAACAAUACUGCCAUGGAGUUACUGUGGAUACAGCAAGCAAUCGAAAGCAGGAAGAAUUAUCUGAGGCUGAAGAGUAAGAUGGCAAUCAGUAAUGGGACAGAUCAGUGAUGUUUGGAUACAGACAAGAGGAUCAGAGACAAGGCCAAGCUUCCAAGCAAGGAAAUCUAGAGGUAGCCCUUUUCAUAUGCAUGGCGAAAUUGGAAUAAUUUAUAUUAGAUUUUCAUUUAUGAAGUCAUAUAAUGAUAACAAUUUCAAUUUUUGCGAGAGUGAUCACGAAUUUCCUUGUUGACCAUAGUAGAUUGCGAGACAAAUGAAUACCCUCUAGCGAUUAUAACUUCAGUCCUAUUUAGUACCUGGCCAAAUUUGGCAAGCUACCAGAAGAUGCAUGAUCACUCUUAGAUGUACUUGCCUUAAUCAUAUCUCAUUGUGUGCAAAAUCAAUUGAGCUGGUCUGAGCAGGCAGAUGUAACGUACCUUAAUAAUUGUUCCAUGUUUAAUCUUAGCAUAUAGGAAUAGUGUAGACCUAGAUCAAUACGAUCCUUGCCACUUCAGAAAUGCAAGAUAUGAUGUUGGAUACGGCGGACUUCUUGAUCUAGCAUAUUGCAAAGAAUACCUCUUGACAUUGUUUUUACAUGGUUUCAGUCAUGGAACAUCCCAAUAAGUGAAUGUAAGCAUUGUUUGAAAGAUAAUAAUAUUCAGUUCUUUUAUAGUGCAUAACACAUAGCUACGCAUGUCCCUAUGCACUUGGAUAAAAUUAGGGAAUGAAUUUAGAAAGUAAGUGAAGAGUGUAGGGCACUGAAUUCAUUACAUGCUAAACAGAUACUUUUUUAGGGAAGUCUUAAACUUAUCUAAAUCAUGUAUAUUUCUCAUAUAAUUAGAUAGUACAUUCCAUAAGACGGAAGAGGCAUGUGCAAAUGAGCGCUCACCAUAUGUUUUGGUAAUAGUGGGAGGAAUAGCAAACAGCUGCUUUGUGCUUGAUCUUAGAGUACGAGUAGUCUGAUUUUCGGUCAAAUAUGAUGGAGCUAUCUCAUGGAAGCAUUCAUAUGCAAAAACUAAUAAUUUGAAAAAAAUAUGAGAAUGAACAGGAAGCCAGUGUAAGUUUCGUAGUACAGGGGUGAUUGAUUCAUAUUUUCGAGUUUGAGUAACUGAUCUUGCAGCAGAGUUUUGGAUAGUCUGUAGUUUCUUUAUUUGUCACUGUGGUAAACCAAAAAUUAGGUUGUUACAGAAAUCAGUAUGACAGAGAACAAAUGCAUGGAUUAGUUUUUCAGUUGUAGGUUUAUCCAAAUAAUUUGGAAUUUUUCCUAUUUGAUAAAGAGCAAUGAUGCAGUGCGACAUUUAUUUGAUAUAAAGUUCUCAAAUGUUAUCAGUGAGUCAAAGAUUGCCCUUAAGCUUCUACAUGAUUUGCUACUAGGAAUUGAUGUUUCAUCAAGAUCUAAACUCUGUAUUGGGUUGUUUCUCGAAAACUUGAUAUAAGAAGGAAUUCUGUUUUACUACUGUUCAGUUUAAGACUAUUCUUUUUAGACCAUUGUUUGAUUGCUUGUAUACCAUGCAAAAUUUCAGUGGUAUGGUCACAAUUACUUGAUCUCAUGGAAGAAACAUAAAGUUGCAUAAUCUGCAUAAAACAUCUUUUGGAUAUGUCAUCUAUCAAUUAUGGAUUCAGUGGAGAAAUAUAAAGUGUAAACAAAGUCGGUCCUAAUACUGAUCCUUGCGGAACGCCUUGAUUGAAAGGGUGGGUGGAUGAUCGUUCGAUUCCUAUAACCACACAGUGACCACGGUCAAGAAGAUAUGAUAUAGGAUUAUGAAAAGCUGCAUGUUCUUGGUUUUUCCUUAUUCAGUGGCAAUGACUGGCAUUCUCCUUGCUCAUCAUUCACUAACAACAAAUGUAAUUCACACAUAUUGAUAUCAUAGGCUCGGGUUUCAAUUAGGAGCAUGCACUUUAUCACGUUUUAGGCUUGAAGUAUUAUAACACAAUCCUGUCACACGUAUACAAGUAUAUAAUGUUGUCUACCUGUCUCCAGCACUGAGACGUCCUAUAGAUAUGAAACCAUUGGGUAAAGUCAAGUAAUUUUUCAAAAGCACAUCCUCCAUGAAAGCUUUCCAACAAUGUAGAGUACGUGUAAGCGUUCAAAUGAAGAAACAAAUAUGUUGUGUUUAUUCACCAUCUAAUUGACUUUUUGCAACUAUUUCCUCAAGUUCUUUCAAAGAAUGUUACAUGUAUAUAAAAAAAAACCAAGGCUGUGAUAACAAGGUGGUUGGAUUUAGGUAUUGCUUAAGUAUUAAAAAUCUGAGAUGAAUUGGAGCAGUCUAUAAAACAAAGAAGAGUUGAUGAUAUAGUCAUACAGCAAAGUAUUCCAGCCCUGACAUAUCAAUUCAAUUCAAUUUCAAUUCAAUUCAAUUCAAUUCAAUUCAAUUCAAUUCAAAAUUUAUUUCAAUCAAUCAAUCAUAAAAAUACAGGUAUAUACAAAUUAGGUAAAAACAUGGGAUUGGGAGCCCCUAGAAGUUUUCAUUAAAAAAACUUGUGAGUGGGGCACCACCAUGGUACAAUCAAAUACAAAUUAAUAUAAUAUCCCCACCACCUCUCAUUUUUUUAAAGGUACAAAUGAACCCAUUCUAAUCUAUGGCAUCAUGAAAACUCAUCUUUUUUUAUGCUUUAUUUUUCAACAGCAUUCUUUCUUUCUUACGUGGUAUGCACAAACUCCAUAGGAAAUUCUUUUUUAUAUUCCUUUGAAAAAUGCAAAGAAUGUUGCUUGUCGCAAAUGCUACUGUAGAUAUUGGCGCAGAUGCCUGGCGAAGGGGAAAAUUAGCAUCAGAGUCCAGUGUGAUGAUUAAAUUACAGAGCAGCAACAAUUAGACAUCCCCACCGAUGUAAGAGACAGAAUCUCUGAAGGAGUUGUUGAACCUUUGCAAUACCUAGCUAAUAGCAACCAUUUCAAAGUGGUUUUGCGAGUUUAAAACAUAGAGCUACUCUGGCUGUUUCCAACCUUGUCAUGGGCAGAAUCUCCACUUUUUUUUAUACCCUUACGCUCGAAAGGCUGUAGAGCAGGACCAGAAAUAUUAAUAGUUGUGCACUCUGUUUUCGCACUCUGAAUUAUUUUUCUUUUUCAUUGAUUGGUUUUACAGCUUUAUUCAAUCUUGAAAUUUAAACACUCAGUGUCAUACUUAAUGAGAAGUUUCUUUGAAGUGUUGAAGAGCACAAGUAAUUUUCUUUUGUCAUAACUAUUAUAUGAAUUUUCUGUAACAAAAAUACAGAGCUGCCUUGUGUCCUCAAAUGUCAAAUGAAUAAUCUUCCCAUCUAUAUAUACAUGGUCGUAGGGUUAUGUGUAGGUCAGCAAAUCUCUCAAAUUCGUAGGAGUGAGCAAGUGAACAUCUUCAUCUUUCACCAAAGUUCCUAAUAACUUUCCUUCAAUGACGAGGUUCAAGUUUAAAACUUCUCCACUUCUCUAUCGCUUCUCCACCUGGAGCUCACCUGGGUGAGGAGCUCCUCCCAGAAUCAGACUUUACUUGGUUUGGAUGCGCUACAGGGUAUAUACGCUACUUUAUUUGAAAAAGAAAAGAGAUUUGUUAGACGGCCUAGGAAUUAUUAUUUUUUAGGAGUUUUUUUUUACAUAGGGGCUACCACUGAAUAUCUUGGGGCUAUUUUUGUUCUUCAAGGCAAGGGGCUACUUAUUUUUAUUGCACAUCAGCAAUUUAGCAUUCUGAGACUCACUGUGAUGCCUAAAAGCUUAAAAAAUUAUUUCUUAUAAUAAUGAAGACUAGGCCAAGACUACCUGAAAGGAUAUAGAUCUACUACCACAUCUAACAUAAACUCUAGAAAUAAUAAUAAUAUGAAUCAACACUCACCGUAAGCACAUUUGUGGGCUGAGGUAUCUUUAUGCCACUCAGUAUUGUCUAUCUUUAUAUUCAUUGUACCCACUGUAAAUGGUUCUUUAAUGCAACCAAAUUUUUUUUCCGUCCGGCGGAUCCUGGUGGUGGCGGGAAUGCUCUGCAGGCCCUAUGUUACAAAACAGAUCCCACCACUACCAAGGCCACAUCCAGUACUAAGCCAAUCCAAAACCCAUGAUAUGAUUGUUGAUCCGUUCUGAACUGUCUAUUGUUUUUCUUUGUUCCGUUCUCAGUACUUUUAGUAGUAGUCUGAGAGACCUCUGGUUCUGGCUGUUUGGUCGAGCCAGGUCGGAUGAAGUACUUUUUUAUCUCGGACGAUGAAUCACACAUACUAUCACAAUCAGAUUCACAGCAGUUUGUUCAUACAUGCAUAUUUAGGAUGCACAUGGUCUCGCUACAAGCUGGCACAAUCUACUUCUGCAUUGUGCAUUUAUUUACAAUCGCGAAGCUUCCAGUUUUACGAAAGGCCUUUAAUAUGUGCCAUCAGAUCAUCCAUUGAAGUGAUACUGAUAGCAAAGGGUGAGCUGCUUGCUUUGCUGCUGAUGGAACAUAAUUGAAAAUGAUGUGAACUUGAUGUGCAAUAUUGUUUUUCAUCGUUGGCAAUAAUUUAUUUGGGCAAUUCUGAAUUAAAUAGUUGCCCCAAAACUUUAGGUUUUGAGAAUUUUUAGGGGCGAUUUGGGUUGUCAUGAGGGUGAUAUUGCCAGUAGCCCCCAAGCAUUUCCGACGCUGUUGUAGAAAUAAAAACUUUUCAUUUUUUUUUGUUAAUAAUACUGUUAUCUCCUUCUGAGAAUAAUUGCUCUUUUGUUCAUGGAAGUUGACAUCUUUGUUGCUGUCGUCAUGCUUGUGUUGUUGGAAUGCCAUUAUUCAAGUUUCAUUUCUGCCUUCUGCACUUGUCAUCAUGCACUCUCGCCUUAAGAAGUAGCCUCCCAACAUAUCUUUGAUGAUGCAAAAAUUCUGUACUUAAGAAGCAACAAAUUGUUCACAUCACCAGCACUGCAAUUGAUAAGUGUCAACCAUUGGAAUCAAUUUUUUGUUGUUGAAAUUAAUUAAAAUGAUAUUAUGGACGAUAUUUAGUCAUAAAAAAGGUAGUAAGAUAUUGAUAAACAAUUCAACAUUUUUUAAAAGUGCACUACUGAGAUGGUUUCCAUACUCCUAUGCCUGGAGUGAAAUU